GAAAAUCACAUGGAAUUGACAAAAAAAAAUAUUAUUACAAUUAUAUCGAAAUCGGCCAAUAUAUCGACUUUUUGAGAAAUGAUACAGAUAGAAGCUCGUAAAAUUCAAUGUUGAAUUACUUUAUUCUAGUUUCAAUAUAUAUAAAUAUAAUUUAAAUAUAAAUUGAACUAGUGAGAGAUAUUUGAAUUAGCUGUUAAAAUGGGUGAUGUGACCAAUGGUAAGAAAUUAUUUAUGAAGUUGUGCGUUUCAUGUCACACCACAGAAAAGGAUGGGAAACAUAAGAUAGGUCCUAACCUGCAUGGCAUUAUGGGCAAAACUUGCGGAACUAUACCAGGAUUUAACUUCACGGAAACUAUGAAGGAAAAAGCUAUUAUAUGGGAUGAGAAGACGUUAAACGACUACCUUGAAUUUCCCCACAAAUUUCUCCCGGGAACAACAAUGGCAUUCUACGGCGUCAAAAAGGCCAAAGAUAGAAGAGAUUUGAUCGCUUUCUUAACUACUUUAAAGUAAUAGUGUUUUAAUAAAACAGUAUGUAACAGGUUUGCGGCACUAAAGCAACAUGCAAACCAUCGCCAUCGGUGUUAAUAAUCAUUGAAAAUAAUAAUAAC